AUGGCGGCUCUAAUUGAGCAGCAUUCUUACCGAAUGCUAUAUGUGGAAGCACAAUAUGCGAGCUCCCCACCUAGAGGUUGGAACUCCUAUGAUUCCUUUAGCUGGACCAUUUCUGAAAAAGAGUUCUUGGAUAGUGCACAAUUCAUAUCUGAUCGUCUACUCUCUAGUGGAUAUGAGUAUGUUGUGGUGGAUUAUCUAUGGUAUCGGAGAAAGGUGGAGGGUGCUGACGCUGACUCUUCAGGAUUUGAUGUAAUUGACGAAUGGGGCAGGAUGGUCCCUGACCCAGAUAGGUGGCCUUCCUCUGUAAAUGGAAAUGGGUUUACUGAAGUAGCCAAUAAGGUGCAUAGCAUGGGUUUGAAGUUUGGGAUUCAUGUUAUGAGUGGAAUAAGUACACAAGCAGUGAACGCAAGCACCCUCAUAUUGGACACAGAAACGGGAGAGGCUUUUGAAGAGGGUCGCAAAAAGUGGACUUCACAAGAUAUAGGGAUUAAGGAAAGGCCAUGUUCAUGGAUGCCACAUGGUUUCAUGAGCGUAAAUACCACGGCGAGAGCAGGAGCUGCCUUCUUGAGGUCACUCUAUACACAGUAUGCUGAGUGGGGUGUUGAUUUGGUGAAACAUGACUGUGUGUUUGGUGCUGACUUGGAUAUAGAUGAAAUAAGCGUUGUGUCAGAGGUUUUGAAGCAACUUGACCACCCCAUAUUGUAUUCUUUGUCUCCUGGAACCCGUGCAACCCCAGCAAUGGCCAAGGAUGUGAGUGGAUUAGUGAACAUGUACAGGAUAACUGGGGAUGAUUGGGAUUCAUGGGAAAAUCUUGUGCCACAUUUCGAUGUUUCAAGGGAUUUUGCUGCAGCUAAUAUGAUAGGAGCUACAGGUUUGAAGGGGAAGUCAUGGCCUGACUUGGAUAUGCUACCACUAGGAUGGCUGACUGAUCCAGAGUCAAAUGAAGGUCCACACAGAACAACUAACCUUACUCCAGAUGAGCAAAAAUCUCAGGUGACUUUGUGGUCUAUGGCUAAGUCUCCUCUCAUGUUUGGAGGAGAUGUGAGAAACCUUGACAACGCCACAUACGACCUCAUAACAAAUGAGAUUUUGUUGGAGAUAAAUUCCUUUAGCUCAAACAACAUGGAGUUUCCUUAUGUUACUAAUGGAGCUCGUUCUUGGAUUGCAACUGGAAGAGAUGGAGAAGUAUAUCUUGCAUUUUUCAAUGUAAACACUGAUCAGACAGAAAUAACUACAAUGACAUCCGACAUGGCUAAGGUACUUCCUGGUAAAAACUUGAGUUCCUGUAUGUGCCAUGAAUUAUGGAGUGGAAGAGACUGUGGGGUAUUAAAGCAGUCUCUAUCAAAGGCAGUAGCAAGCCAUGGCUGUGAACUAUUUAUCAUGUCCUGCAGUUAG